AUGGCAAUGUUGCCGCAGCCAAAAAGACAAUUGCAGAAAGUUUUUUUCACAACAAAAAGCCACCGAAAACGCUCGAAUUAAGCAACAAAUGCGUGCCAAAAGCGCAGCGAAUCUCCACUGAGGCCACCGUGUGUGCGUGGGCGUGGCAAAGGCGUGGGCAGAGCAACCAAACAUCACAGGAACAGAAACACGGCCAGCAGCAGCAGCAGCGCAACAGCAGAGGGGCGGGCAGAGGCAGAGGCGGCGGCAGAGGGAAAAGUCGGGCAUUUUCAUUGGAUUCGUUUUGGUCCGAUUCGAUUGGAUUGUGGUUACUCCAGCGGCGCCCAGGCGUUCCUCCUCUCCUCCUGUAUUAUGGACAAGAAAUCCUCGCCGGUGCGACGACAAAAGCGGCAGGCGAAGGUGAUCGAGGAGAACUUCUGGGACUGCAGCGUCUGCACAUAUAGAAACUCGGCGGAGGCCUUCAAGUGUCGCAUGUGCGACGUGCGGAAAGGAACCUCCACGCGAAAGCCACGCCUGAACUCAGCGCUAGUCGCCCAGCAGGCUGCCACUUUGCCGGGAGCCAGUGCCAACAUGCCCAACGGGAAGUCCGCCUCCGGAUCACGGCAUGGCAGCGGGCACGACCGGCAGAGGCACAAGCGGUACCCGGCACGGUUGAAAAACGUGGACCGAUCGACGGCACAGACGCGAGAGGUGACGGUCAACUCGGUGACCGUGUUCAUCACAGAGUACAAGGCCAAGCCGGUGAGCAGCCGACGCGAGUCCAGUGAGCAGAGCUUCAGCGAGAGCAACGACAGCCGGAGUUAGAGGAUGGAUACAAGGCCUCCACGCAACCAGCUCCCCAAUAUUCUACGCCACGGUUCCCGGUCCCCUGUUACAAGUUGUAAAUUCUAAGUGUUAGGCCCCUGGCGAUAACAAUUGUAAAUCGAAAUCCAUUUAAGUUACCAAGUAUUAGGCCACGUUUAAAGCCCCGAAAGCCAAGCCCCCACUAGUUCAUGACUUCCAGUCCAGGCCAAGAUGGCAAAUCAAAGCGAAGCGACGCCAAGCGACGGCGAGUCGAUUGCAUUUACACGACGCUCUCCAAAUCCAAACCCAAGUCCCAUUUUAAAAUGCGCUAGACCCUGUAAAUAUCGAUGCAUGAGUUCCCUGAAUAUCUCUGUCUCGUAUCGUAAUUUUAGUUGUAAUUUAAUUCUGCUACUCUAAUUCCUAAUUUAUUGAUGCAAAGGUAACUUGUAUGUAUAACCGCCGUGUACAUGUUCAACAAAGAUAUCAUUUGUUUUGUAAGUGUCGAAUUAAAAUAUGGUUUAACUAA